AUGGCUAACAUCAGACUACAGGAGCGACGCAGAUUGUACCUGCUCAUACCCUCGAGUGCUCGCGGUCCUCAUGCCGCAUUGAAGAUUGGGGCACAACGGAUCUUGUUCUCUUCGAACUGUGCCAACUCGGUGCGACUACCGACACAUCCUGUUCUUGCAGGUGAACCUCUCCCAACGACGCGACAAGGCCGUGACCCUGCGCCUGAUCCAACACCUUCAUCUGCGUCUCCACCCGCUGCGUCUUCCCGCCCCCCACCAGCCGGCACGAACACGAACACGAACACGCGUACAGGCACAAACACGAACACCCGCACCCCCGCGCCCUCGACACAACCGACACCAACGGCGGGGGGUAUCACUCGGUCAACCCCUCGUGGUACCGGGACAUCUGCCCCAGGAUCGACCACUCCAGCGCCAGAUGCGUCGGCGUCGGCAUCAGAUGGGACACCCGUGUCAGAGUCUGACGGAUCGAUUGGUGCGUCGACGACGACGCAGCCCCUGUCGUUCUCGCUCACGACGAUUGAAAGUCUGAGUGGCAGCACGACGGUGUUGGUUGUGCAGACUUUACCUGCCUCUAGUGGAUCUGGUACAGAUGGCGGUGGAGCGACGAGUGGAGGUGGAAGGACAAAGGAAAGCACUGUGGCGGCGGGAGUGGGGGAGUUGGUGGGUGUGGGGAUGAUUGUGUUUUUUGGGGUUGGAUGGGGAUUGUGA